GGAAUCAGCACCGAGCAGGCAGCGCUGAGCUAACAUAUGUGAUGUCGAGGUGAUGGAGAAGCUAGCGUUCUAUGAUGGUUUAGUGGAUAUUUUGGUCAGUCCUCACUUCCGUUCUGGAGAUCUUCUCAAUGGCCGGCGGUGGCUUUUGCUGGAUGACGUUGACGAUCUCCACCUCCUCCACCUCCACCGCCUCAUCUUCCUCUUCCUCCUGUCAGGAACGAAGCAGAUGCACAACUUCAACUCCAGAUGUUUAGGCUCCACUGACGUCAUCCCUUCUUAAAUAGCCAGCGUGUGCCUGUGCCCAUUUUCCCCGCCAGAUUCCACAAGGGCCUGAGUGUUUGUCACACUGUUGUGUCAAAGCAGGACUGAAAUUUGCACGAUACCUGCGGCACUUGAGGUCGAUCCGUACUAAGGUUUGCUGGAGACUAAAAAGAACAAAAGGUCCACACAGCGUUACAUAAUGAGCCUUCCAGGACCGAGUGGCAGCACAACAACAACGUGAAGAAUGUUACUGGCCUCAAACGUUUUACUACUGUUCUCGUACCAUCACAACAACUUUACAGCCUCACUGGGCCGGUUCAACUCCAUAACGUUGCAACUACAACAACACAAGUGUUGCGUUCAAGGACGGCGCGAGUAACCUCACCGUGGUCUGCUGCUGGAACACCAGGUCCGAGUCCAGGCUGCUGACGCUCAAGCGGGGGACGCCCUGCAGGUACACGGGAGAUACCACCUGCUGCAUGAGUGGCUGCUGCAUGAGUGGCUGCUGCAUGACUGGCUGCUGCAUGAGCACGUAGGACUGCUGCUGCACGGCCGGCUGGACCGGAACCAGGUAGCGAAGCGUGCUGUAGUUGCCGUUGACUGCGGUGUAUUGCAGCGGGGAGGCCGAGCGAGCCGUCGUCGUCGUCAAGACCGCGCCUCCGCUCACUGGCUCCGGCGAGGGCGAGGCCACGUUCAUGGUCCGAGUUGAGCGGAGAGGAGACGUGCGAGUCCCCCGAUGUUACUUCCUCCUCUGCGGGCAGCACAAGAGAGGAAAGUCCGGUUAGAGGAGUCGGAGAAUCUGCCUUGCACGAAGGGAGGUGCUCUUGCUCCGCAUGCAAAUAGCGUCUCUGCCCUUUGCUGGAGGUGGGCGGAUCACAAGUUCCUCCUUCCUGGUCUGGCUGCGUACCCAUAAUGUAUUGCCAGCGGGCCUUUAUGUUCUUAGCUCACCUCAUGUAACCUCAGUGGAUUCUCCAUCAGUCCUGUCCGCAGCACAGAACCACCUCAGGCCGGGAUGAACCUCUCUACUGCCUGCUCUACACUCCUGCUUUAAUCAUACGUCCUGGUAAAUCUUACCUUUAUAAUAGUGCAGAAGCAAUGUCUGGUUCAGGAGACUUACCAGCCAUCGAAGGCUCCGGGAUGGGUGGGAUGAAGCUCCCCAUCGGGAUGACCCGAAGGGCCAUAAGUUACGACGACAACCUGGAGGCCCCCAUGUCCACGCCCCCCCAUGACAUCAACAUCACCAACCUGUGGAGGCGCCCGGUUGUGCCAGAUAGGAAGUUUAACCAGCUGGUUGAGGAGGAUGAAGGCGGUGCAUCGCGUCAGUCUAACUUACCUGACAGUGCCCCCUCCAGGUCACAAAGCGUGGUGAAGACCAAGGCUUCCUCCAUCAUCCUCAACUCCCUCAUCACCAAGCAGACUCACGACAGCAUGUACAAGUUUGAGCAGAAGGUGGGAUUGACGGAUACCAGCUACACUCCUCACAAAGGCCUUAAGGCAGAAGAGACGCGUCACCUCCAUCGUAUGCCCGAAUCCUUCCAGAAAAUGCAGAUCCAGAGCAUGGAGGCCCGAGAGGAGCGCCAGAACUCCUCUGCCCAGUCAACUCCAUCCACCACUCCCCACACCUCCCCUAAACAGCAGCGCAGGAGCUGGUUCAGCAGCACGAGCUCUGACAUCAGCGUCAGCUCCUCCAACAGCAGCGUGGACCUGGUAGGAGGAGAUGGGGCGGCGGUGGGAGGCGGAGUGCUGGAACGCUGGGGCGUUUUUGGGCCGCGGCCACUCGUGCACAAGUCCACCUCCGAUCUGGGCUCUGAUGCCUCUAAUGCAGCAGGCUUUGCCCUGCAGGCGUACCGCGGCGCCCAGAAGCCGAGCGCCAUGGAGGUCAUGAAGUCACAGGGCACGCUGACAGCUGACGGCCCCGACGCCCAGAAGGUGGCGCCGCCCAAAAUGGAGAUCCCGGCGGUGGAGGGUCGGCGACAGGGGGCGCGCCCGCACAAGCUCAAGCCGCGGGACAUGAACAUCCUCACGCCCUCCGGCUUCUAGGCGCCGAUGAAGUGUUACGUCUCUCCUGUUACCUGAUUGGCCGCUGCUCCUUAUUAUGAAGUCAUCAUCAGUCAUCAUUCAGUUGAGUCAGUGAAUGUGAAACAUGCGCGGCCUGGUCCAUAAUCAUCAUUAUAUUACAUUUCAAUGUGGUUGACAUCCCAUUAACCUACAUUUAUGGCAGCUCUUUGAGACAAAAAAAUCUAAUGUAAAAUCAUGCUAGUAUUCCAUUAAAUUAGUGCAUGGCAGCACACUUUAAUCUAGCCAGGUCAUGGUCCACCAAUUUGUUCAUAUUUAGAAAAAAAAAUCCUCCAUGGGAAAUAAUGGAAAGGUUUACUUUAUUUUGCCGAAUUGUACAGCUUCAGGCAUUUGUCAUUAGAAGUUCCAUUUUUUUCCAAGGCAGUUAACUAGCUACCGCAGCAACCGGCUAAGGGACCUCCUAUUUCUUCAUAUAUAGAAAGAAAGUAUCACCAUACAAUUCAUGGAAAUUUAAUCUUUUCCCCAAAAAAGGGCUGCAAUUGACUGGUGAUCAGGGUGUAUCCGGCUUCUCAUUUGAGGUCAGCUGGGGUAGGCUCCAGCAUACCCACGACACUAGUAAGGAUAAAUGGCAUUGAAGUUUGCUGUAUAGACGUUUUGUGACUAUAAGUCAAAUUUUCUUGUGGCCUAAGUCGGUGGCCAACAUUUCCAUGAAAAAUCUGUCAAAAAUCUACAAACUUUAAGCCUAUUCAAUGUUGGCGGUCACUUGCAAGCCAAUGGACCUCUGUUAAGAUUAAAGCUACAAAGUGAGCUAUUGUUGUAUUGUACAUUGUGACCCUCAACAUCUAAAACUCAGAAUAUCCCAAACCAACUUCUAACAUGGCCAUAUUUUAAGUGUCGGCAUACACUGGUCUAACAGGCUUUCUCUUAAUUUAACUUUUCAUAAAGCCUUUUAAAUAGCCUCUUAUGAUUGCACCUUAGCUUGCUAUGAACCACCAGGGACAUGACAUUUGUUCAUUUGUCAUGCUGCACUAACUAAUGACUCAUGGAAUCGAAAUGUAGUAUCUUGAAGCAAAAAAAAAAUUAUAAAACAAGCUAACUUGCGCGCUUGAAUAUUCCACAUUUUAUUGUUUUAUGUCUUUAUUAUUUAGAUGUUUUAAUGAAUAUGUAUUUGCGUAUGUGUAGCAAAGAGAUGACUGCAGUACACUCAAGUGGUCAAAUAUGAAGGGUUUGUUUUGAAGUAGAAACCACUAAUGUUUAAAUGCAGAUGUUUUUUUUUUUAACAAAAA